AUAUGAAAAUGGUUAUUCAUCGAAAUACCUGUAGAAUAUCGGUUGAGCUAUGUUCAAACUGUUUGUACUAUGGAUUUCAGUGACUUUAACUAGAAAAUGUGUUACAGGAUAUCACCGUUUAGAUAUUAGAGGCACGGAUCAUCAGAGCAGUGAGGUGGAAUAUCUAACAACACUUAUAGAAUCGGCACAAAAGAACGGUCUCACAUACCAAUUUCAGAAAAAUGCGGAUAGAUAUAGGCCGAGAGAUGAGAAUAAGACUGAAGAUUUUGGAACAUUCGAUUUCAUCAUAGUUGGCGGUGGCUCUGCAGGAACUGUAGUGGCAAGCCGAUUAUCAGAAAUUGAAAAAUUCAGUGUUUUGCUUUUGGAUGCAGGAAAUUUCGGAAAUAAUCUCACAGACAUUCCUAAUAUGUAUUUUCCAGUUGACUUCACGGAAUACAAUUGGGGAUUUUUCAGCACACCACAGAAAACAUGCUGUUUAGGAAUGGUAGAUCGAAAAUGUAUUCUGCCCAGAGGAAGAGGAAUUGGCGGCUCAACUCUAAUCAAUGGUGAAGUGUACGCAAGAGGGUCAAGCAUGGACUUCGACAGAUGGGCUAAACAUGUAAACGACUACAGAUGGUCUUAUGAGAGGGUUCUGCCUUAUUUCAAAAAGUCCGAAGAUUUUCACCACCGGGACAAAGAUGCACCGGUUUUUGAACCGGCUCAUGGCAAAGAUGGUUUAUUGAACGUAGAAUACCAUUUACCUAAGAGUCCCCAGCUGGUAUCUUGGCUGAAAGCAAAUGAAGAACUUGGAUUCAAAGUUGCAGAUUACAAUGCAGGAACUGGACUUGGGGCAUCCACUGCUCAGUUGAACACAAAAAAUGGUAGACGGUUUGAUGGAGGAAAAGCGUUUGUACGUCCCUUUCUCAACAGGACAAAUUUACGCGUUGUCACCUACGCCUAUGUCACCAAAAUAUUAAUCGACCACCACAGCAAUUCUGCAGAGGGCGUGAUAUUCUCUCAUGGGAAGAGAAAGUUCAGUGUCCGAGCUCGAAAAGAAGUUAUAAUUAGUGCAGGCGCUUUUCAGUCGCCUCAACUUUUGAUGCUUUCGGGUAUUGGUCCCAAAAAACAUCUGAAUUCUCUGAAUAUACCCGUUAUCAAAGACUUGGAGGUCGGUAGCUUCCUCAAGGACCAUCCUACUUUUUAUGGUAUGACCUUCAGUUCAAACUAUACCGAACCAAUAAGGUCGAAGGAAGAAUACGUCGAAGAAUUUCUGAAGGGAUAUGGUCCUCUUGCCGCCCCUGGAAAUAAUCAAGGAGUAGCAUUUUAUGAAUCGCAAUAUACGAAAGGUACAGGAUAUCCAGAUAUUGAAAUCAUGUUGAUACCAGCUAACGCCACUGCCGAUUUAUCACAAAGAGCUUUUUCCCUCACUGAUCAGACCUACGGCGAUCUGUGGAAGAACAUUAACAGGUCGAAUAGUUACGUUAUGUAUAUAGUUGGCCUCCACGCGGAAUCUACUGGCAGUGUAAGGCUGAAUAGCUCGGACCCAUACGAUUAUCCAAUAAUUGAUUCGAAUUUCCUAUCGGAUUCCCUGGACAAAGACAUCAAUACAAUUUAUGAAGGGGUUCAGCUCGCGCUGAAACUUUCCGAAACGAAAGCGCUUCAAAGAAUUGGUUCGAAGCUCGAAGACCGGUCACUGAGAGCUUGCAAAAGGUAUCGGUAUUUGAGCAGAGCUUACUGGUACUGUGCUAUAAGGCAAGUGACAAUGAAUCUCUAUCACCCGGUAUCAACAUGCCCCAUGGGACCCAAUCCUGAAAAAGGUGAUGUUGUGGAUUCUGAAUGCCGAGUUCACGGAGUAAACAAGCUGCGAGUUGCAGAUGCGAGUGUUUUUCCUUUCACUUUGGCUGGGCAUCCGAAUGCUCCUACUGUUUUGAUUGGAGAAAUUGUAUCAGAUCUAAUCAAAAAUAAACAUCAGUGAAUCAU